AUGGAGAGGGCGACAUCCGAGCUGCAAGAGCAGUUAACAACGACCUUGAAGGAGAAGGAGAAUCUGAAGGCGGAGCUGCAAGAACGGUUGACUGCUACCUUGAAAGAGAACGAGGAGGAGAAGGCCGAAGAGAAGUUAGUGUCCGAUUUACAAACACGGUUGGCAGCCGCUUUAAAGGAGCAGGAGGAGUUAGCGUCCGAGGUACAAGCCAGUUCGAAGAAGGAGAAGUCAGUGUCCCAGUUGCAAGCACAGCUGACUGCCGCCUUGAAGGAGAAGGAGGAGUUGAAGGCACAGUUGCAAGAGUGCGUUCCAUCACAUGUGGGUGGCUGUGGUGUAACGUGUCAAUAUGAAGAGCACGGUGCUUGGUUGUCCCUUCCUCCUGAAGGAAACCAUCAGAUGCUCCAGGCGUACACGGCCUAUCUUGGAGACUCCACAGCCCGCUUCGCAACCAUCCAGUCAGCUGGCAUUGCUCGCAAGGUUGACUUUGAGAGAAUGGAGCAACGUCGUUCGGACACCGGCAUGGUGCGUCAGAUUCGCAUCUUGCCGCUGGUGCCCCCGCAGUGGAUUACCACUGCAGCCUCGCUGCUGCAGCAAAGUGAGCAUGUUGAGUCAUUCAAAGUUGCAGUUGACGAUGAGAACAUCCUUCUGAAGAUGCAAGAAAUCCUUCGGUCGACCGCACAUGCGCAAGCGUGCAAUUGCAUUCGGAACGCCAAGGUGAUCUCAAUGCACCGCAUAGAGCACGGGCGACUAUGGCAUGGUUACAAGACACGGCUUGCAGCCCUUCGGCAGGAACACAAGAGCUUCAAUGUGUCGGUGGCGCCUGUGACGCUCAAUUCCCAUGGCGGCAGAAAUCUCAUGGUGAAUGAGCAAGACAUGUUCAAUUGUGGGGAGGCCCUUGCCACCGACGUGGAUGAGAAGGUCUUGUUUCAUGGCACCACAGGGCACAAGGCAGAUGCCAUCCUCGCCACAGGUUUCGACCCUCGCAUAUGCAAUCGUGGAAUGUAUGGCAAGGGGGUCUACUUUGGAUCAGAAGCUUGCAAGAGCCACCAAUACACUUGCAGGCACCACUCCAAGUCCUGCACAUGCAAGGGGGCCAGGACGCUCAUCAUUGCUCGCGUGGUGCUUGGUGAUGCCUGCGUUGUGACUGAAACCAGGUACAAUGAUCGUCGACCUCCAGAGCGGCUGGGCGGGAAGGGAACCUUCGGUUCCAUUGUAGUACAUCCUGGGCAAGUCCAAGGACAUCACAAUCAGUCUCAAUUUCACCAGGAGUUUGCAAUCUUCGACCGCGAGCAAGCCUACCCUUGCUACGUGGUGCAGUACAAGGCAGCCUGCAGAGUUGCAGAGCUGCAGAAGUACGGAUGGAGGAACCCGGCCGAAGCCUUGCCGGGCUCAACGGAGGAGGCCCCGCCAGACCGACCAGAGCGAUGCGAUGAGCCGGAGACGGACGUAGAACCCACAGGACCUGUGGUGCCAGAGGCCGCCCAUUCUCCAGUCGGCUUGUUGGUCCCAGAUCUGCGGCCAGCGGAUCUGAGCAAAGACGAGGUCGAUGCUUGUGAGCCCCCAGCUCCGUCGGGGGCGGCGCCUUCCAUGGGUUGCGGCUGCGAUGUGGUGUCUGCUGUGUCCAACCGCGACACAGCAGGCCAAGCCGCUGUUUGA